CUUUCUCUCGUUCUGCCACAUUUUUAAUAUAUUUUCCUUUGUAUUUUACAAUGAAAAAUUACGAAUCUUCGGCGAUCGAUAGCCAAAAAAGAAAAGAAAAAUUUCAAACAAUUGUAGAUGUAACUGUGGGCUUUAAAAUGAGCAAAUAGCAAGCGUUAACUGUUUCUCACUGCCAUGCUAUAUAUCUACUAUAUAAAUAAGAGAGACACGUAAAAAGGAUCAACCGCGAAGAAGCGGUUCGUCCGUAAGCUAUUAGAUUUCUCAGUCAUCGAUAAUGAAGCAGAUUUAUGUUUGAGGAUAAUUUCAAAGGAAAAAAUUCCCUCGAUGAUAUUCAAUCGUUGUCGCUCGAACGUUCAAUGAUUUUCGUAUAGAAAAUCGAUCGUAUCAAUUACAAUCAUUUUACGAUCUUUUUAACAUUUGUUAUUUGAAGUUAACAAUUGCGCAGUAGAGAGAAGAGAAUCACGAAAUCAAUUUCACCGUCGUGCUAUUUUCAUUUCAUUGCGAUAAUUCCCCGCUAUUUUUCCCCUCUUCCUCGACCAUCCUGGAGCCGUACGAAAUCUACAAUCGUAAGUCGAAACACGCGCCUACGGAGGAGAGUGAAAUCAUGAGAACAUUUAACGAUCGUCGAUCAUCGUUCUCGUUUUCAAAAGGUCGCUUCUCGUUUUUAAAUCUUUAAAAGAAAUAUCCAAAAAAUCCCCUCUUAAUUUAUUCCGAAAGAAUUCUUUUAAAUGAUUUGGGAAAAGAAAAGGUCGAAACUAGAAUAAAAAUUUGUUCAUUUUUUCACUUCCUCCGAUCGACACGCGUCGAGUAUCGACGAGUUUCUCUAUACAAUUGGCACGAUCGGUCCGAGUCGUGAUCGCAAUUUUUUAUCGUACAAAACAACAAUAACAACAACAAUAACGACGACGAAGACGAACUAACGCACGCUUUAAGGUGUCGUCGUUGUAAGGUGUCAUCGAAAGGAAGCGAAAUGACGAGUAUCGUUACCAUAAUGAAUUUCGUCUCGUUUAAAGAUGUAUAAAAGUGAAGAGCAAGGAAUGAAAAAAACGAUAAGAGUAAAUGGUUCAAGGCUAGUCACUUUCUCGUGACUCGUCAAAACUCCAAAUGUUAAAAAGAUGAAGGAACCCGAAAACGGAUAUCACCUAAAUACCGAUUGCCGUCCGCGAUCUUCAACUUCUCAGAGAAAGCAAAACCCGUUUACUUACAUGAUCCAGUUCAAUGGACGUUCGAACGUAUCGACGAAUUUUAAAAUAAGAACGAAUAAAAAUAUUUUAAAGGUAAAUUAUUUUACCUUUAGAAAUUAUCGAUUUUCAAUGAUGCGAUCUAAACAAGAAUCACAAGAACAAUCAUCAAAGAUGCGUAGGCAAAAAACUUGUAUGAAAAAGAAAUUUCACGCAAAUCGAAUAACUAAUUAACUUUCUCCUUCUCUGAAGGGAGGAAGGAAGAAACUUGGAUGAAUCAGAAUAUAUGAUUUUGUAAUAGGUGAAGUUUACAGAGAUAGAGAGUAUUACCCUUUCCCAUGGAGAAAUCACGUGUUUAAACUAAACAUUGCAGUAGAAGAGUGGGAAAACGCAUCUAAACGCAUCUAUGGCUAGUUUCUCGCAUAACCAUGACAUUUGAAAGUUAAAGAUUCUUUAAAGAACCGGUUAGGCACUGUUCAAUCUCAUGAGAUCUCUAGUCAACAUUCUCAUUAUAUAGAGCCCUUCCUCUUACAUAAUAUCAUUUCUUUAGAUCGAUAUAAUCGAUCGCUUGGAUAAACAAUACGCAUACUCAUAAUCCAUCGAUCGUACAUGUAUGAGAUAAGUCGAAUGAGAAUUUCAAGAAAAGUGUUGGGAAAAAGAAAAAAGCAAAUAAAGAAAGAAGAACGAUCGUUUCCUCGUUAACGCGGAAAGUAAAAGAAAAGAGAAAAAAGACGUCGAGAUAAAACCAUUUAUAGGAUAAUACAAAAGAAAUGGACAAUUUCGAUCGCGUUACGAUCGAGAAAUCGUACUCGUGAAAACCGAUACAUUGAGAGAGCUCUCUCGUUAAAAAGUUUCACAAAACUAUUGGGGAAAAAUACUUGCCUUGUCUUUCGAGCGUUAAAGAAUACGAUAUGAUAAAAGAAGGAAGUAACGGAAGUGAAAGAAGAAAAGAUGGUAAAUUUAUAAUAAAUACGAACGAGUCGCAACAAGGGAAAGAUAAAAUUACUUUCACGAUGAUAAUAAUAAGCGAUACACGCGAUGUAAUAUUCGCGUGAGUUAGUUUCGUCUUUCGAAGUUUAUCUUGCACGGAUUCAUCGAUCCAUACCAAUGUGUUUGCCACAAAUUCUAAUUAUAAUCUUUCCUUUUACUACCCACGCGAUUUCAACGGUAGAAGCGACGAUCUUUCAAUGCGAUUUCCACUAUCUACUGCAUCUGCACUUCUCUAAGAAAAUGGUAAUAACGCUAUUUACAAUCUAAGCUCUAUCGUUUUGCGUCUCUCACAGACACACGCGCGCACACACUUACACGUACAUAUGUACAGGCACUUUUUCUUUCUCCAUUUACUUCUUAAUCUCUCUCCCCCCCCCUCUCUCUCUCUCUCUCUCUCUCUUUGUCUGUCAUAGAAAGGUACACGAACCGAGUAGAAAGUCGACGACGGGGAUAAAACCCUCGUUCGCCUAAAACGAUUCCUCGACAUUGUUUCGUCGACACAGUAUCGACGUUCCAAGAACACUCUCUUUAUUAUUCCGACAGGUGAAAAUCGUGAUUAGAAGUCUAAUCACCGAGCGGCCGCGACAUUGUAAAAUCGCUACGUAAAAAAGAAGUAAUUCAUUGAAAAAGAGAAUAUCAAUUAUCUAGGAUGAAAUUAUUCAUAUUCUUGAGAGGAUAGAUAAAUCGAUCUUGGAUUUCAAUUGUACGUCUUCGCCGAUUCGAUCUAAUCCGAUCGUCGAUUAAGUCUCAUAUAUUAGGUAGAAUCAAAUCGGCUUAUCCCGACUAGAAGAUACAAGGACCUAUCGUUCGAUAAUAGUGGCCUUUCGAUGCGAUUGAAAACAUCUCUUAGGAAGGAUUCAAUCGUGCAAGAAAUAACGGUACGACGCGAUCGAAGCCAGUGAAAUCUGUCCUAAUUCUUUCAUGCGGCCAUUUCGCUUUUUUCCUUCCUUCCGACUUAUCUAACAACUCGCUCAUUGUUAUCUCUCAUUUGACUUUAUUCUUGAAUUUCUUCGAGCAAAGAAAGAUCUACUAUUAUUUUCUAUAUGUACUUAACAAUGGGCAACCUUUCUAGAAUGCUUUAAUCGUUUCAUUCGUUUGCUCCAAACAAAAGGGGAGGACGAAUAGAGACACAAAUUUGUCUUUCCAACGGGAAAUUAAAAACAAAAAAAAAAGAAAAGAAGAAAAAGGUCCGUUCGAUUAAAUCGGACUCGAGAUUUGAGUUGAAUUUCAUUCGAUUGGCUUUCCUCUUUGCUCCGAUACCUUUCUCUCUCUCUCUCUCUUUCUUUUUUUUAUCUUCUUUCCUUUUUUUCAUCUCUCUAAGCAAAUCUUUCGGGCGAACCGUUACGAAUCCAAACCACAAUUCGUAGACAAAACAUCGUCUUCGAAACGAGAUUGCGAAUAAGGCAUAGUAAUCUUGGGUGGGAGACAAAACGCUCUCUCUCUCUCUCUCUCUCUCUCUCUCUUUCUUUCUUUCCCUCUUUGAGCUCAGCUGAUCAUUAAACCACCGUUGGUCAGUCAAACUUUCACGCUCCGCGAUAUUCGAACGUCUUCGGCUGGUCGUUCGUUCGCUCGGGCUAAUUUCUCGAGCCACGUUCGUUCGUGAAAUCGAUGCAAACAGGGCUUCACGAAAUAGGGACGUAUAAAAAUUUCCACGAAAGAACGAGUUGAAACGUGAAUCACAUUCUAAAGUAUAAAAAAGUGUUAGAACGAAUUCAGAGAGAGAGAGAGAGAGAGAGAGAGAUUAAUGAGAAGAAUCAAAAAAUUUUGCACAAAAUUUCUCGUUGUGGAGGAAAUCAGUGACAAAAAAUUUCUAAGAAAAGCAUGAAAAGAGAUUAUCAGACAAAAACGUAUGUUCUCUCGGGUCAUCGUAUUGUCACGGUGAACAAGAAGAAUCGUACCUGCACUUGAGAUGAGAAGCGUUAUUAGUGAAAGUCAGCGUGAGUAAAGAAUACGGGACAUCGUCGAGCUUCGUAGUUUAACAUUCGCCGAUCGAGAGAGGAAGAAGAGAACGAGAAAGGCAUAAAAUUUUUAUGUUUAUUCCGAUGAUCGAUCGAUCGAGAGCUUAUCGAUAAAAAAAAUUUCUCUCUCUCUCUCUCUCUCUCUCUCUCUCUCUUUCUAUUUCUUUAUCUCUCUUGCGAAGAGGCAAUAACGAGAUGAAGGAAGAAACAAAGUCCGAAUAUCGAACGUGAAUGAACGAAGAACACGGUAAGUUCCUAUACGAUCUCUUUGAACUCGGACAGAAGAAUCUUAUUUCGCUUGACCGAUCUCUCGUUCGGUGAAAGGAAGAAAGGAAGGAAGAGGCUGAACGAAAAAGAAAAGAAGAAAAAAAAAACAAAGAGAAAGAGAAAAAAGAAGAAACAGUUUCUUCCUCUAUGUUAUAUCGUUGACAUUGACAUUUACAUUUAAAUAUACUCUAGCUCUCGAUGUCUUAUAUACGACGUCUAUACGAAAAAGAUCAGAGAUGGAAACGUCGCGAACAAAGAGCAAGGCUAGAUGAAUGAAGAAAAUAACAUUAGUUCCGGCAUCGAUUCCUUUUAUCGGUAUAUCCUUUUACCGAUUCACCUUCAAUGGUUUUCACAGGCAAAUAUUAAAAUAACAAGAGCAGGUCUUUGAGAUCGUUUUAGAGACGGUUCUAGAGCAGACUAUGUCGAAUAUUUCGAAUAAGAAGAAGACGAGUUAGAAGAUCCAACGGAGUUUCUCUUGCGAGAUGAAGGUAGAAUCGACUCGAGAGUAAAACAUAAACGAUCCUAUAAUUGGUUACGAAAUUUUCUAGUGUUUUCAAAGUGAUAACGAUUGACGAUACGUUGGCAUACGUCGAAGACAAUGUAGAUAUAAUUAAAAAAAAAAAAAAAAAAAAAAAAAAAAAAAAAAAAAAAAAAAAAAAGAAAUACGCACGUGAUAAGUCAAAAAAAUCAAAGAUGAGAACGAUCCUUACGAUUUUAACGCUAUUUUGCGUUAUUCGAUUGGCCAAGAGUUACAACGUUUUACUAGCUACAAUGGGUGGUACAAAAUCGCAUACGAUACCGUUCGUUGCUCUUGGUAACGCUUUAAAAUCGCGAGGUCACAAUGUGACCUUAGCAAGCGCGUUCUCGGGUAUAGGAAUUAACAAUGGUCUUAAUGAAUUAGUCCCAACGAUUCUCGAAUCUUACGUAUACAAUUAUACCUCGGAGUGGGACUUGGUAGGUGCCAGAUUCCGCGACGAACUACCACUUUCGCCGUGGAACGCAAUGAGAUACGGUUGGGAAGCGUGCGAGGCUUUGUUACAGGACGACGUCUCGGUCACUGCUCUCAGAAAACCGGAUGGAAGUCAGUGUGAACGAUGGAACGUUGCUGUGGUCGACGGUGCUUAUCCGGAAUGUCUCCUGGCUAUCUUACACGAGGAAAGCGUACCUACGAUCAUGUUAAAUACGGUUGCUCUGUACAGUGGUUCGAUGACCCGCCAAGGAAAUCCGUCUCCUUGGUCGGUGACACCAUAUUUUGGGAAAGCCUUAACGCAAGACAUGAAUUUUCUACAAAGAGUAAUCAACGCCGCAUGCCUGAUCACUUUAGAAAUCAUGUAUUGGAUCAUGAUUACUGUUUAUCUACAGCCCACGCUUCGAAAGUACUUAGGAGAGCAAAUACCCGAUGUAAGAUAUCUGACCUCGGAAAUACCGUUGACUCUACAAAAUAGCCAUUACAGCGUAGCCGAUUCCAUGCCGUAUUUGGCGAACGUGGUAAAUGUGGCGUGUCUGCAUUGCAGACCAGCAAUGCAACUCAGUCCGGAUUUAGAUUUGUUUUUACGUCGAGGUUUCAUCUUCGUCUCGAUGGGUUCAUCCGUGAGAGCUUCCGGAAUGCCUACAGCCUUACGUGAAAUUUUUGUAGCGGUCUUCGCUACGUUACCUUACAACGUCAUAUGGAAAUGGGAAGGAGGAAAAAUAAAAGAUCUUCCGGUGAACGUAAAAACGGCAGGUUGGUGGCCUCAACAAGAACUUCUUGGACAUUCGAAACUUCGAGCUUUCGUUUCGCACGGUGGUCUUUUGUCUUUGCACGAAGCAGCUUUUCACGGCUCACCGACUUUGGUACUACCUGUUUUCUGUGAUCACGAUGGAAACGCGGCUCAAGCCGAAAAAUUAGGCUACGCUUUAGUGAUGGAUUUGGCCAAAUUAUCGAUAGGAAGCCUUCGCGAGGGAAUCCUUAAAGUUGGAGCACUGCGAAACAAUACAUACAGGAGAGCCGCGAAAAAACAAAGCAUUUUAUUACGAGAUCUUCCGAUAGGUCCCCAAGAACUUGCCACGUGGUGGGUCGAACACGUUGCGAGAUACGGCGAAGCCGAUCACCUCAAGAGUACAACGAGACGCAUGGGCGUAAUACGUUAUUAUUCUUUGGACGUUGGCGCGUUUUACGCGAUAAUCAUCAUGGCGCUGAUCUACGGAUUAAAACGUUUGUGCUGGAGACCGAUAACAAAGCAGAGAAUUUUCAAAAAAAAGAUCGACUGAUUUCGCACAAUAGACCUUUACGUAAAUCCAUCUUUUCCAUCUUUUAUGCUUCAAGUACCUUUAAUUUUAUCAUCUUAGAUUUAUACUUAGAUUUUUGUAAUCGUAUUUAAAAAAAAGAAAAAAAAAGAAAAAAAUAAGAAAGAACGAGGGAGUAGGAACGAAUAAAGUACGUUCGAUC